GACCGCGACAAGGACCACGGAAGAUCGCACCAUCGGAGCCAUAGGCGUAGCGACCGCGAAGACCGCGAACAUCGCCAUCGUGACAGAGACCGGCGUGAGGAACAUCGUCACAAGCACCAGCAUCAGCAUCGUGCUGAAAGUCCAAGACGUCAUGCUAGCGAAGAGAAUACAGAAAAACGCAGUGAUAUCCAGUCACUGGUUCCAAAGUUCGACGAAGGCAAGGACUAUUUCGUCGUUGAUCGAAAGGGCGACCCAGCAAACUUGAUAUAUGGAAAACUUCAUCAGUACAGUAUACCGACGUAUCGUAGGACUGGUUACGGUUGUGUUCUAGGUCUGCCUUUGGAUGCUAGAAUUGACAAGUUUGCGUCGGAUGAUCGGUUUGUUGUCAUUGAUGACAAUCGCCGACGCGGUAGACUCGACCGUCAAAUAUUGUCGAAGCGCCCACGCGCAAGGGAGCCGCCAACAUUACGCCUGAUAAAGGUUUCGGAUGCAGAUUUAGCCCAGGAGUCGCAGUUAGACUACCUCCCUCUACCGGGCAGUAAGAAAAGAAAGCGUGGGUCUGAGUCGCCGGAGCCAGAAGAAGAACAUGUGGACUACAGGUCUAUUGAAGGAAAAGCUAAACCUAGCAAUGACCCUGCAGACCCUGACCUUGAAUAUGCGAGCGAUGAAGAUCCAGCGCUAUACCACGAUUUUCUGGUCGAAGCUAAGGAACGCAACGCUAAGUUGUCAAGGAGAGUGAAGGAUGAACCGACCAAUGUUGAGGCAUGGCUUGAUUUCGUCGAACACCAAGAAGUUAUGAUUCGCAUAGGAUCUUCUGACGUGCAACGACAAUUGACGACAUCUGAACAAAAAGCGCUUGCUUCCCUCAGAGUGGGUAUCUACCAAGAAGCGCUGAAUUCUAUGCAUUCGGAGCGUCUCCUUGUUGGACUCAUGGAAGAGAGCUCCAAAGUUCAAGGAAGGAAGGAGUACUUUGCGAACUGGAAGCAAAUUCUCGAGAAAAAUCGACAAAGCUCGAGUCUUUGGGUGAAAUAUCUCGAUGCUCUCCAGACGAACCUCGCCGAAUUUCAAUAUGAAGAAUGCAGAUCUAAGUUUCUGGACUGCCUGAAAAUGCUCUGCGGAACUGGUCUGGAUUCAAGAGACUCGCAAAUAUUACGCCUCUACAUUUUCCUGAGGUUAACGACUAUGAUGAGCGACGCCGGCUAUCGAGAGCGAGCUGUUGCAUUAUGGCAAGCACUGCUGGAGUUCCAAAUCUUUAGGCCUGGGAAAGGCUUGCAAAACGAUGCCGAUUACAAUCAGUCGCUAUUAGUCGAUUUUGAAGAUUUCUGGGAAAGUGAAUGCCCGCGCCUCGGUGAACCUGGGGCUGUUGGGUGGGUCUCUUCCAAAGUUGACGAGGAGUAUCCUGACCCUCCUGAGCCAUCUACAGAGCAAGAACAUGAGUUUGAAGUGAGCGAUAUGUUCGACUAUUUUGCCCAAAAGGAAAGGUGGCAGAUGAAUUCGUACCCAUGGCCAGGAAGGACUAUCGACGAAGUCGGGGAAGACGACCCCUUCCAUGUUGUCCUAUUCGCAGACAUCGAGGAGGAGCUAGGGUUGCUACAAGAUCCAUUCCCACCUACAAUGCUUGUUGAGGCGUUCUUGUGCUUUUGGCACUUGCCCCCGCUUCCUACUUCAGACCCCCUCACUCGAGCAUGGUGGCUUGACCCUUUUCUUCGAGAUGAGAGGUUUUACGUGGAUACGCCUAAAACUUUGCUCCUUGAAGCAUCAUCCGCUGAGACCGAGACUGUGGGGCUUUCUACACUUGAAGCCUACAAGCCUCCAAUGGCCAAUUACCUUGUCACAACCCAAGAACUAUUCGGCGGCGGGUUUUUCAGUGGCGAACGUAGCCCGGAUCAACAGGAGUGGCUGAGAAGAGCUUUGAAGACUUUGGCAAAUGCCACUUCAGAGGACAUCGUCGCUGAAUAUCAUCUCGCUUUCGAAUGGCACUGCAACCCGAGUGGUGGUGUGGCGAAGACUGCCAAAGCGCUGCUGAAGAAGCGUUCUUCCAGCCUGCGACUGUACAAUGCCUACGCUCUCAUUGAGAACCGCACCGGUAAAAGUGCAGCUGCAAACCACGUCUUUGCGAUGGCACUGGGUAUGAGCACGCAACUUCCUCAAGACGCUCAGAAACAGUCAAUAUUAUUAUGGCGCACCUGGAUUUGGGAGGCCCUACGUGGAGAUGAUUUCACUGCCGCGAGGCACCGAAUCGGCUCUAUAGGUGCUGCCAAACCAGUCCCCGAGCCACCUACAUGUGCUGUCGACGAAGAAGACUGGUUGAGUCCUUCCACGGUGCUUCGAGUCCGCAACAUCUUGACCGAGGGCCGUGAUCAUUCAUUAUCAACAGGCGUUGCAGAACUCGGCGUCCUGUACGCAGAGUGUCUGGCACUACUCGCAUACAUACAGUCGGACAGCGACAUCACACCGGCACUAGCAGUAUUCCAACAAACCAACGCUCUACUCUCCUUGCGCAACCUUCACCACUCCGCUGCCAACGAAGCCCUGCACCAAGCAAAAUGCCAACUCCUCACCUAUCACAGCCAACGCGCGCGCCUCUCCAAGCCCUCGAUCACACGCUCCGAGCUCCAAGAGAGCAUCGCCCUCUUCCCAAGCAACACCAUCUUCCUCUCCGUGUACGCGGCAAACGAGGCGCGCUUCCGCAUCGACGACCGCGUCCGCGCCAUCAUGCACGACGUCGUCCUCAAGCAGGACGCCCACUCCAUCGUCACGUGGGCCUUCAGCAUCCACACGGAAGCCCAGCGCGGCGCGCAUUUGGGCGGGACGACGCACGCGGUGCGCGCGGCCUUCGAGCGCGCCGUCGAGAGCGACGCUGGCCGCCGCUGCGCCGCCCUUUGGCGCUCUUACGUCGCCUAUCUCGCUGCUCGCCCCGAGUCCGCCGUUGCGGCCAAGGCGGUCUUUUUCCGUGGCCUACUGCACUUGCCUUUCAAGAAGGAGUAUCUCAUGCUGGCGUUUGAGCGGCUGCGCGAGGAGCUCGGCCCAUCCGAUUGCAGGCGCGUGUAUAACACGUUGCAGGAGAAGGAGCUGAGGGUGCGCGUGGAGCUGGACACGAUGCUCGAG